CCAAAGAAUUUGUUUCGUUUCGUUUUUUCUGUUCGUUCUCUGUUUAACACCUUCUGUUCAUUCAUCAACGGCUGAGUGUGGAAACUUGCUAACGGAUAUCCAAACCCAACCGAAACCAAUCCAACCUUUCUGCAUUCGACGCCACACUGCUCGGUGUUGGAAAUCAUUCAGUUUUCGUCUUCUCAUCACCAACAUCAUUAACCAUCAUCAUCAGUUCGAUGUGACACUCGAAACACCGACAAAUCGAAUUAAAAGGCCGCCAAAGUUUGACAAGAAACAAAAAAAAAACACCAGAAACAAACAUCAAAUCUUUGCAAAAUUAUUAACAACAAAAUUUCAACCAAUCUCGAGAACAAAGUUUCAACACAAUUGUCCCAAAUAAAAUUAAAAAUCGCCCCCAUUUUUUCAAAAUUAUUUUCACCAAAUAAGAGAAUCCCACAGUGCUUUCUGAGCUAACAACAAGUGUGUGUGUCCCCCUCAGUGAUAUCGAAUUUAGCUCUAACAAAAUCCUAAAAUGCUGACAUAAUCUGCACACCAAAUUUAAGUCAAAACAAAGAAAACUUUUGCGAAAAUUAUUUGAAAAAACAUCGGCACUGAACACAAAAUAGAUAUUGAAUAAAAAGAGAAUAAAGUAAAUUAAAAAAAAAUCGAAUUGAGUAAAAAAAUCGCAAUCAUCACAUUGUAAACUUUAAAAACUCUGCCUUGCAAUUGUGUUUGUGUGUGUAUGUUAAAAUUUAAUGGAGUGCUUUGUUGUUGUUAGCAAUUUUUAUUUUGGAACAACAGAAAUAACAAACAUCAUUUAAACAACAAGAACAACCAGCCAAACUAAAACAUACUAGCACCAACCAUACCACACUCACUACCUAUAUUCGAAAAAAAAACAACAGCAACAACAACAACCACAAAAAGUUCCAACUCAAAAUUCAUUUCAGUAUCUUCAAAUUUCUUCGUUUCGUUUUCCUUGUCAUCGUCUUCGUCACCGUCCGAUGGUGUUGUUAUUUGAACACAAAUGUUGGAAAAUUGACAAACCACUGAAAUUUCCAAAUUAAAUUUCCAAUCCGGCAUAUGUUAGGACCAAAACAAAAACACUCAAAAUUUUGUAAAACAUAAACAUCAGCAAUACAUUUUUUUUGAUUUUGAAAUCAUUCCAAUUGAUAUAAAAAAAAAAAUCUGAAGAAAAAAAACAAACAAACAAAACAAAAAUUGAAAUUCGUUAACAAAAUUUAAAACAAAAAAUACAACAGAAACAAAAAUAAAACAAAAUGGCUUCUGAAUUGGAUCAAUUUGCCGAAUUGGAAUUAUCAAAAGAGGAUCGCGAACAAAUAUUCGAUCCACCUUUAGAUCGACAGCAAAUGGAAGGUGCUGGCACCUCAAGUGUUUCGACAUCAAAGAUUAUAAUUAGCGGCAUACCGCUGCAAACUCGAUUCGAAGACAUCGAACCUCUUUUGAAGCCAUAUGGCAUCGUCAAACAAUGUGAGGCUGUCUCUAGUAAGGACCCACUGACACAAACGGUUCACAUAACAUUCGAGAAUUAUGAACAAGCUCAAAGGGCUGCUGGAGGUUUGAACGGUGUCGAAUUCGAAGGCAACAAAUUACACGCCGAGCAAUUGGAUAAGAAUCAGCGUCGCACUCAACGCAAUCCAAGAAAUCCAUAUCCCGGAAUGCCUGGACCAGGUCGUCAAGCGGAUUUCCCGCUACGCAUUUUGGUUCAAAGUGAAAUGGUCGGCGCCAUCAUUGGCCGGCAGGGCAGCACCAUACGCACGAUAACACAACAGAGUCGUGCGCGGGUCGAUGUACAUCGCAAGGAGAACGUUGGCUCGCUGGAAAAGGCCAUAACAAUAUAUGGUAAUCCCGAAAAUUGUACAAAUGCAUGCAAACGUAUCCUAGAGGUCAUGCAACAGGAAGCCAAUGCCACAAAUAAGGGUGAGAUUUGUCUCAAAAUCCUGGCUCACAAUAAUUUAAUUGGUCGCAUCAUUGGUAAAAAUGGCAACACCAUCAAACGCAUUAUGCAAGAGACGGAUACAAAAAUAACGGUCAGUUCCAUAAAUGACAUCAGCAGCUUUAACCUGGAGCGCAUUAUAACUGUAAAGGGAGCUAUAGAUAAUAUGUCCCGUGCCGAAAACCAAAUAAGUUCAAAACUUCGCCAGAGCUAUGAGAACGACCUGCAGGCCAUGGCACCGCAGAGUGUUAUGUUCCCCGGUCUUCCCCCCAUGGCGAUGAUGUCGACGCCCGGCAAUGGUAUGAUUUUCAAUCCCAGCAUGCCUUAUGCACCCUGCCCCGGCUUCCCUAUGUCGAAGACACCUGCCGCUGUUGUGCCGCCUGUCUUCCCCAAUGAUAUGCAGGAAACCACCUACCUUUAUAUACCGAAUAAUGCAGUGGGUGCCAUUAUCGGUACUAAGGGAUCACACAUACGCAGCAUAAUGCGUUUCUCGAAUGCCUCGCUGAAGAUUGCACCAUUGGACAACGAUAAACCAGCGGAACAGCAGACAGAGCGUAAAGUUACCAUUGUUGGUACGCCGGAGGGUCAAUGGAAGGCUCAGUAUAUGAUUUUCGAAAAAAUGCGUGAAGAAGGUUUCAUGAGCGGCACAGAUGAUGUUCGAUUAACAGUAGAGAUUUUGGUUGCCAGUUCGCAGGUUGGUCGUAUCAUAGGCAAGGGAGGUCAAAAUGUUCGUGAAUUGCAACGUGUCACCGGCAGUGUCAUUAAAUUGCCCGAGCAUGCGCUGGCGCCAACAUCGGGCGGUGAUGAAGAAACACCCGUACACAUUAUUGGUCCAUUCUAUAGUGUACAGUCUGCUCAAAGACGCAUUCGAGCUAUGAUGUUGUCCACAAAUCCCCCACCAGUUACCAAAAAACAGAAAGCUGCCAAAGAACAACAACAAGCCGCUCAAACAUCAUCAGGCAGUGGGUCACAGCAACAACAACAACAGCAGCAGCAACAACAACAACAACAAUCAUCACAGCAGCAACCGCAACAGGGUGCGAGUACAAAUCAGUAAGAACCGUAGAAAUGUGGGUGUAAAAGCAUUUAUUAAACUUUACUUUUUAUUUUUACAAUUUAUUAUAAAAAAAAACUUUUUUGUUUAAUAUUUUUUUUCUAAUUAACGCCUGCCGCAUAUAAAAAACCACUUAUCAGAAUGAAAAAUGUACCCCUGUCAGGACCCGUCAUGCCCUGUUCAAUUUUUCUUAAUUGUUUUCCUAUGAAAUAACGUUAUUUGUAAAGUUCGUAAGAAAAGUAAGAUCAGAGUAUUUCUAGAACAAAAUCAUCCACGCGUGAACGAUCAUAAUUGCAAAAUGAAAAGAAGAUUAUAAGUUUUUUGUCACAAUAAAGAAAAAUUUUAUAUCCGUU